AACAAGGCAGCUAUUCAGAAUACUCUGAUUGGAAUCUUUUAGGCAUGCAACUUGUCAGCACAGCAAAUCAUUAUAUGAAAGAAAACAAACGUCCAAUGGUUUUGAUUCUUGAUCAAGUAGAUCGCAUUGCUAAGAAGGACCUAGAGUUUCUUAGAAUACUUCAAGAUUUCGCAAAAGACUGUGCGGAUCUUGGUUCACUUGACAUUAUAUUUGUUGCGAGUGAAGGCAUAGUUCCACAAAUUAUGAAAUCUCGUUCUUCCUGGUCGCGAGCAAGUAUUCUCUUUGAAGUUGGUAAUAUCUCUGAUGAAGAAGCCAUAGGAUAUCUGAAAGAUUCUGGUAUUAACCAAAAAAUUAUUGAAACUGUAGUGAAAUAUCUAACAGGUGGACGAUUUGCUUUAUUGAAACAAUUCCAAUUACUAAAUAAAGUUAAUGGUGAUCCUAAUAUUUUACUUGAAAUACAUCAUAUUGAUAUUGAGCAAGCUCAAACUAUUAUAUCUCUUGACAUGCUUCAUAAACUUGUCGAGUGUAAUAUUCUUAAAGAAAAUGAAGAUUGCACAGUGUCUUUUCAUUCACGUUAUGUUGAUACCUACUUUAAAGAGCAAAAUGAAAGGUGUUUUGGUUUAACAAUAUCAAGUCUUACAAGAUCCCCUCCUACUGUAUUUGUAUUUUCAACGGAAGAUAUAAAGGCAUUAAAUGCGACCAUUACACCAACUUCCUGCGAGAGCAAAGUCAUACCUGAUUCUGAAGCCACUAAAUUUCCGGAUCAGUAUGUUCUCCCUGUCAUCAGUACUGGAAUACUUGAAAGUCAAUGUUGGAUGAUGGAAAUCUUGAAAAUAAUCUUGGAUUCAAUCGUUCAAUGGUCUUCAGGUGGAAAAUUACCUGCAAAAUGUUUGAAUUGCAGAACUACAGAUUGCGGUGGAGAUUCUU